AUGGAGUGGGCAACCACGCCCUUGCUAAAGGUGCAGCGAGCCGCUGAGCUGUCGCCGGCUGUGUUGGGACCUCGUCUUCGCAGCGCUCACGCACUGUGCACUUUUUAUCAUGCCGAGUUCCAAGCAGUAUUCGUGGUAACAGAGACGUCAAUCGAAGCGUUCCGCUGGAAUCCAGAGCUUGGAUGGCAGGAUAAGCUCGUCGACCGCCGGCUAUGCGUCGUUUUCGAGUGCCCCGAGCGACUCCGUGCGGAGCGCAAGCAAAGCGGCGUCGUUCAGCUCGGAGGGCUAGCGGGCGCUCGCGUGUUGCGGGCUACCGCAGCAACCUAUCUCGCCUCCAGCAACGAGGUUCUUGUAGCCCACGAGGACCUCUCCUUGCGCUGCUACGCAUGCGAGAGCGGUGAGCUCGGCUUUGAAACCCGUUCCACGAUUCUCGUCCUCGACGACCAAACCACCGUGCCGUCGCCGGCCGAACGUGAGUACGUCACAAAGCUACACCCAUUGCCCAGUGGUGCCGUCAUCGCUGGGCACGUCUCCGGGCGGGUGACCUACCUGGACGCAGCGUGGCACGCAGGUCCGCUCUCGCUGGUCGCACCAGAGCGGAUACGGCAAUGGCUGGGCGCUGCUGCGCCUGUCGCUGGUGUCUCGGCGCUAGCUGUGCAGGCACCGAUACCGGCGCUGGUUACGACGGCGAACGCGGCUGCAUCACCCGAGCAAGCCCGACGGAACGGUACCGCCACGGAACCAGUUCGCGAGAGCGAUUCGCCUCUGGUGGUGGCCGUCGGAUACACAGCCGGCUUCCUCCUGCUCAUCCGCGGAAAGCUGAUGCAUCCAGAAAUCGACUUUCUCGGUUGGAUGCAUUGUCAGGAGAUCGUGGAUGUGCUGUUCUGGCAGCGUUGGCGAUGCGUAUGCACUGCGUCGCGUCCUGGCGAGGUUGCACUCACGAGCCUGGACACCGGCCGAACGCUCCAUCGACAAUCGCUUCCCUUUUGCUGUGCAUUCGCGAGAGCGCAGAACGACGAUCGCCUGUUGGUGGGCGGCGACGCACCCGUGCCCGUAUGGAUCUCCAUCGAGAGCGGGGCAUCAUCCACAGACAUAGGUCAGCCAGGGUCGGCACAUCAGGCAGGGGGUGUUGCGGACGGCUCCGAAACGACACCAAGUAGAAGGCUGGCCACGGGGCUCUCACGUCUGAGUCAGCGACUUGCCGCCUCCAUGAUCACGAUGACAACGGGAUGCUGGGCGACAAGCGCGAGCGACUUUAUUUUCGUCACUCGCUCCGGCCAGUUGGCGUGGCUCAGCACACGAACCGUAUCUCCCAGCUAG